UGCACUAAAGAUAGACAACGAGAUAAUGUAACCAAUACAAAAGUCGUGUUGGUUGGUAUAGCAGUGUAUCCUAUAACCGUUUUAUCAGGUAUGGAAUAGUACAUUGGGGUUCAGAAGAUUGUUUCAACACAGAUGUUUAAUGAAAACAUUGGAAACUAUUUUGACAUCUGGUAUUAACGACAAGGAAUGGAUGCACGAAAGCAAAGGGUGAUCAUUCAAGGAACGAAGCGUUAGAGGAAAGUUCUUGCGAACAAGCACGGAGAUCGCAAGACUAAUACCAUGAUGGCCGCGGAAUUGCCCCGCGGUCGAUUUAGACACCGCGGAACAAAACAAAGAAAGGACCCGAUGAUCCCGUCAAUGAAGAAAACGACGACGACCACGGGAUUGGCAUCGUCAAUGGAACUCCCUGCCCUAGUUCGACCCGGGCCACCCUCGGUGGGAGUUCGACAUGUACGCCUUGCCUUGGGCGGUGUCUCCAAGUUCCGCCAGGCCUCCAAAUCGAUGCCGAACGCCGUGAUCGAUGACUUCGAGUCGAAGAGGAGACAAAAGCUGAGAGGUGUGAUUGCGAUGAUGGAGAUGAGUAAACGACCGGUGAAAAGAAAGAACGACGUCGAAACACAUCUUAGUGAGACGAAUUCAGUGAAUGUUCACAAACAGCAGCGAAAGGCAGAUCUCAAGCGUGCAAAAGCUACGGAAGUAUCCAAACGACGGACGAAGGCAAGAGGAAAUCAAGCAGCAAAGGAAUCUACAAGUUCCACCAACGAAAAGGGCGAUGAUGACGACAACGACGACGACGGCGACAAUGCGAAUGGUGACCAAGGCGAUGUUGAAGGAGACGUGAAGAAGCGAGCCCUUGAAACGAUGGGCAAGUGGCAGAGUUUUGUUCGGAGGAAGAAGGUUUUGACGAAGGGACGUCGAGCCGGGUUUGCAGGUCGUUUGCCGAUCAGGAAAGGAAGCGCUGCUUCGAACAAGAACCAGGACGAUGAGAAGGAGAAACAGGAACCCAAGACUCUUGGACGAUUUCGAACGGUAGUGAAACUGAUCAUUUACCUCUUGAGACUUAGCAGAACCUAUAUCUACAAAGAGAGCGAUGCCCGGAUGGUGUCGUUGUUCAAUGACAUCGAUGCAGCCCGAGCCGGGGAUCAUUUCAAGAUACGAGGAGAUCUCCUUUAUGACGUCACCGAAUACAAAGCCCUCAAAUCACAAAAGAUCUCCAAAGACACAAAACGAAUCCUGCUCAUGGAUCCCAAGAAAAGAUCCAAGAAAGACAUCCACCAUGUAAUGGUGGAGCUGCAACAGAUGAAAGGUAUCACCCAGUAUCCAGUAGACAUGCAGAGGGGCCUGGUAUCGAACUCCUGGUACGAGGAAUACCCUACUGGUCGGGUCAUCAUCCGAUAUGGCAGGAGUCCUCAGGCAUUCUAUGUCAUCCUUGGUGGAUCAGCUUUACAUUUAGAGGGCGAUCCCAACAUUCCAGGCAGGCAUGUAACAUCACUCAACAAGGGCGAUAUGUUUGGAGAACAAGCGAUUGCCCAUCAGAACAAACAUGUCUAUACCGUCAUUUCAAAGGAGCCCUUACAACUCAUGUGUCUUGCACCAGAAGACUACAGUCGUAUAUUUUUAGCUGGAGGUUUGGACAACUUUAGCGAUCUCGGUGAACACAGUUUUGUGAGAUCGAUCUCCCUCUUUAAACACUGGCCGAUUCACCUCUUAAAGAAUAAUCACAAGCAAACCAGAUUUCAGUAUUUUGUACAUGGUACCACAAUUGUCGAAGAUAGCACCAAAUCAGAAUGGAUUAUCAUCGUUAAAUCGGGAAGCUGUUCAGUUCUAAAGAUGCUGAUUGACCCUACGCAGAAUGACAAAGGCCUCUCUGCGACAGUACCAGCUAUCAAAAGAAAGAAAAGCCUUGUACCGACUACGCGGUACAAACGUGACUUCACCCCACCCGCCGAGACUCACCAGGACAUGCUGACCCGGAAGUUAAAGGAACUCCAGAGGAGGCGGGCCAGGUCCAUCAAGAACAGCCGAUGGAAGCGCUACAUCAAGAAACCCACCAACCUGCUGAAGAUACCCCUCCAUGACGACCCCUUCCACGAGCCGAACAUGGCGGAGGAUUACCGGGGAGAGAUGGACCCGAUAGCUGCUGAAAUGUAUCGGAGACAUCAGGAGAGCUUGCAGGCGUCGAGGUCAAAACCUGAUGACAAGUCAAAGGAUCAUGACCUCAUCGAAGCAAGCACCUCGGGUGCUUCCACAACGGAAGGAGAUGGUGGUGUUGAAGGUGCUGAUCAAGAUGAGAUGGGGGUUGGUGAACAUUUCUAUAACUCUGGGACGUCUCACCAGGCGAAUCAACCUCAAUCGGAAGAGCAUGCUGUCUUGGGAGGACGGAAGCAAUCUUUUGCAAAGGGACCAUUUAUGACACAUCGGUCUGCUGGAAUCCACCCAGUAUCCGCCACUAAACAGAUUGACGACUCCAAUACGACGAGUACGCGCAUUAACCGCGGUGCGCGGAGAGAUAGCAUGGCGCAGUCGGAAGGAGAUGUUCCAAAGAAUGCUGGGUUGACUGACGGACUCUCACGAAGGAGCAGUCUCACAAGGAGGGAAAGCGUGCACCGGAUGCGAGAGGGUACGAUGAGGAGGGAUAGUCGUGCGCUGCUGGAGACCACUGCUGAUGGAAGAGAAAGCGUUACGCAGGACAGUGGCAUGACUGAUCUGACAGAAGCAACACAAUAUGAACAAGGAGAAUCACGUGCUAUUGAAAAAGAAGACGAAAAUGAGGAGGAGUAUGAAACCGACGAUGAUGACAAGGAUGAACAGACGAAGGCUCACUCAGAACCCGUCAAUAAAUUCGUAAUGAUAGAUACCUUAGAAAAAGGAGGAGUUUUCGGUGUUCUUGAUAUGGCAUUCGGUACCCAGCCGUGCUUGAGCUUGGUCAGCAAUGGGGCCGAGUGUAUCAUGGUAAAGAAGAAGUUCUUCAAGAAACAUUGCAACGAUAAAACCAUCUGGAACAUCGGCCAAGUGUUCCGUCCUUAUCCUGACGAGGACACCCUGACGAAGGACCUUAAGGAGAAAUUGACUUGGAAAGAUCACCGAGAUGUGACGCUCAAAGAAACGGCUCUCAAAUUUAAGAAGAUGAGAAAACGACUGGCUGAUCCACGUCUCCAGCGGCCCAGCACCAUCGUCGAAUCUUUCACUUGAAGGGAAUUCGUAGAAAAGGUCAAUGAAGAUUCAUGAAGAGGAAUUCGAAGAGAUGUUGACUUGGAGAGAUCAGACCAAAGAUCAGGGAUGCCAAGCUCAAAGAGACAGCUCUCAUAUUAAAGCUGUGAAAAUUUCUGGCUUUUUAAGUGAUCUAGUCUAGAUCUGGUCGUUGGUAUUAAUAUGAGUGAAUGAAAAAUCGGAGGACCUGGCAUAUCGGUGUGUACUAUGUGAGGGUAGGGUUUUCCGAACAAAUACCUACCAACGUCAAGAUCGAGACUACGGGCAACCCAGCACCAUUGUUUAUUUUUUUUUAUUUGAAAGAGUUAAAUGCUUCGUAAAUAUAAUUGCUAUAUAACUACCAACAAACUUUGCUGUUGCAUAUCACUCGGUGCGAAACUUAUCCAACAUGUCUAUCGGUGAUUUAGCAAAGCUUCGUGUAUAGAACUGUUAAAACACCGGCAAAAUCUGCAGUUACAUUGUUAGUUCACUAUCAUUCUACCACUGAAUUAUAUAUUUUUUGUAACAGGAAAUUCUUUAUCUUGUAUGGCUAUUUUGCUAAAAUUUGAAGCAUUUUCGUCAACGUUUAUCACUGCACCGUAUUUUGGUUUGUAUGUACAAUGACCGGUGUUAAAUAAACACGAUACAAAAUACAGAGUGACAAUAUAUUCUGAGGAUACAAUUGUGCUCAGUUCGCUCUCUAAUUUGAUGGCAGACAAGGGUCAAGUAGUAGAUUUGCAUUUCUUAUGAGCAGCUUUCAAAACUUUGGUUAACACUUAUUAGAGUUUGGUAGGUAUUGGUCUAAAAACAU